GUGAUAAGCUAGCUAUGUUUAUGUUCGUUUGGCCGGGUUUUGCUCCGCGCUAUCCUGCGCAGGGUAGACAUAAUGCACCAGGAAUCCAGGAUUUAAACCGAGCUAGACCGAGUGAGCAACUGCAAACUGCAACUGCAACUGCAAAACGAACAUAGCUGCUGAUGCUGAUGGGAUAGUCUCUUUGAAGUUUGAAAUGGAAAUUAACGACAUGAAAACGUACAAACUAUAUGACUGCUUGAAUUUAUAUUCAACACCUGAAAGUUACUACUUACAACCAACUGAAAAUGAAUCCGUAUUGCUUCACAUCGAUCGGGUUACUGAAGAAAUGUCGUUACAAACUAAUAACGGCCAAAUUCCACCACUGGCCGAGAUGCAAACCAUAUACGGUGUUUUGGGCAGAAUUCGAUUAGUCUCUGGUUUCUAUCUGGUAGUUAUCACAAAUCGUAAACAUAUUGGUCAGGUAUCCGGUCAUGAUAUUUGGCAGAUUGGAGAUGUAGAUUUGAUACAAUUUAUGAAAACUUCGCAUUAUUCAAAUCUAAAGCAGGAUGAAUGGAACAAUGAUUACCACAGUAUGUUGGUUAGUAUAUUGAGUACUUCACAUCUAUACUAUUCAUAUACUUAUGAUAUUACUCAUACUUUGCAAAGAUUAAAAGCUACUUCGCCAGAUUUCCUCAACAUUCCAUUGUUUAAGAGAGCAGAUCCUCGAUUUGUAUGGAACGGAUAUCUAUUGGAUCAGUUUUGUAUUACUCCAGAUCUUCAUAAAUUUUGCGUGCCAAUUAUACACGGAUUCGUUUCGAUAAAUUCUUAUACAUUCGAAUACGAAGGUAUCAACGAGAAGAAAACUAUUCGGUUGGCUUUGAUUGCUAGACGAAGUUGUCGUCGUGCUGGAACUCGAUUGUAUAGAAGGGGUAUAGAUUCUGAUGGUAACGUGGCUAAUUUUGUAGAAACUGAACAAAUCGUGGAGUACGAUGGAGCUCAAAACUCCUUUGUUCAGAUUCGAGGUUCGAUUCCAUUGUUUUGGCACCAGUAUCCUAAUUUAAAAUUAAAGCCGAAACCGACCAUAAUUCCGGACGAAAAUCAUUUAGAAGCUUGUUCUAAACAUGUCGAAGAACUUACAGAAAAAUACGGCGAUGUUGUUAUGAUUAAUUUGAUUGAUCAAAGAGGUCCUGAAAGCAAACUACAAGUGAAAUUCAAAAAUGUCAUCGAAGAACUUCAAAAUAAAAAAAUUAGAUAUGAAGCGUAUGACUUCCAUAACGAAUGUAAAAACAUGAAGUGGGACAAACUUAACGCCUUAAUCGAUAAUUUAUCUAACGAACAAGAUCGAUUCAAUUACUUCUCGAUGAAUAAAGACAGAAAAACUAUUUCAUUGCAAGAGGGAAUCUUCAGAACGAAUUGUAUAGACUGCCUCAACCGUACUAAUGUUGUUCAAAGUCUCAUUGCCUGGAGGAGUUUAACCCUAAUGCUACAACAAUUAGAACUGUUAAAUCCAAACAAACCGAUAAAACGUGAAGUACAGUUUUACCGUAUGUUUCAAAACAUUUGGGCUGAUCAUGCAGAUUACAUUUCGAUACAGUACUCUGGUACAGGAGCAUUAAAAACUGACUAUACUAGGACAGGACAAAGAACGAAGCGAGGUGCUUUGAACGAUGUUGCUAAUUCGUUGCUUCGGUAUUAUAAAAAUAAUCUUAAAGAUGGCUUUAGACAGGAUUCCAUUGAUUUAUUAUUAGGCAAUUAUAAAAUCAAAGUAGGCGAAGGGGUUACAGAAAAGUGUCAGUUGGAUACGGUCCGAUUUCGAACAUAUCAAACAUUCGUAUUAUUGAUGGCCAUCGCUAUGCUUGUUUCACAUAUUAUAUUUCCAUCAGAACUUUCCACGAGUACCUGGUUAUUCCUGAUUUUGUGCGAUGUUAUUUCGUUUGCAGCAUUAUGCGUGGCUAUUUACUAUAGUGACGAAUUUGUUGACCAUCCGAAGCUUUGCCCGUUAGAUUUGAAGCAGAGAUCGGAAGCUGAAACAUAAAGCUUAGCUUUUCGCUUUUAGCUUCUGAUGAAAAUUAUAAAGCUUUGGCUUUUCGCUUUUGACUUUCCAAUUUAUAUGGAUGUAAAGCUAGCUUUUGGCUGGAUUUCACCACAUGGCUGAAUUCGGCUUUCAGCUUUUAGCUUUCAGCUUUUGGCUUUCAGCUUGGCAGCCAAAAGCUGAGAGAUUUCGGCUUUUUUUGGCAUAUAUUUAAUUUUUUUAACCUGUCUGGCUUAUCUCAAAAUCAUAUUUUGAAUUUUUCAUUUUUUAUUAUUUUUUUUUAUUUUAUAUCAAAUUUUCAAAAUAUUGUGGCCGAAUUCAAAAUUUUGAACACAAAAACUGAAAACAAAACAAAAUACAAAAAAUACUAAAUACAGUAAAAAGCCAUAUAAGAAAGCUGAAAAAUAAAGCUUUCGGCUUGCUUUGGCUUUCAAAUUUAUAAAGCUUAGCUUUUCUUUUAGCUUCCAAAAGUUUUUGUGAUAUGGCUUUUUACGGCUUUUAGCUUUUAGCUUGCUUCUGGUCUCUGAUUUGAAGCGAUUACAUUCUUAAGAAAAAUGUCGAAUUUGAUAAAUACGAGAUUGUAAUUAAAUUGUUUCAUAAACAACGCAUUACGUAUAGGUAGAAAUGUGCAAAUGUAUGUGUUGCGAGCCUAUCUUGAUAAAUUCUACGAUAAAAUCAUCUUUUGCAUUAAUUUAUUGGAGAAGUGCCUGUUAAAAUUUCGAUGUAGAUGAUACAACUCGUAUGUGUCUGCAGUAGUUUAGUUUUAUGCAAGAUAUUUUUUAUAAUAAAGUAUUGAAAAAUGUGCUCUUUUUCCCAUCUGCGAAAAAACAAUUUCAAUACG